ACAACUAGGUAAUGCCAAUGUAUUUCUUCAUCGUACUAGGAUGUGCUGUUCACUAAUUUUUCUCUUGUUCUACAUGAAGCCACUUCCUUCUACCGCUUCUCCCUUCCCAGCAGUUACUGGCCCAGAGCCGGGCACACAGCAGGGACCCAAGGACCAGUGACUGAACUGCUCUGGAAAGUUAAAGUACUGAUUUGCUGUCAAACAAUACCCCUUCCUGGGAAUAUGUUACGUCCAAAUCAAAAUCUCACCCAAAACACCUAACACCUGUGAGGGUUUGUAAAAUCCAUGAAAAAAAAAACCAUCAUAUGCACAUUUAGAAAUGUGCCCCAGGAUAAAAUCUCAACGUGAAACGGUUAAACUGGGUUAUAAAUCAUAUUUACACAAUUUCAAAAAGUUCCUGAUUACAGUUCCUUAAUAAGAGGUUCCUCUCUCUUCAGUUCUUCCUUUCUAAAAAGAGAAAGGAGGAAGAAAAAAGAAAGCCAAUUCUCCUUUAAAAUACAUACCCCAACGGGACUGCGCACACACGCACAGAAAUGAGGACUGUGAACAGAGGCCACCUCGAUCUCCGUCUGCAAGUCAGUCUGAUUCUCUUUUAUGUUGGUGCUGUGGGUGCCUGCACGGUCUCGGUCAUACAACCACAUUACCUAGAGGUGGACUACACUCAGGAGGCUGUCACCAUAGAGUGUAACUUCUCUGCAACUAAAUGCCCUUCAGAGCAUCCAACAAGCCUGUGGUUUCGCUACGGCACUCACCAGCCUGAGAACCUGUGCCAGGACGGAUGCAGAAGUGAGGCAGACAAAUUCACGGUGAGGGAAAAUCUGGUACAAAACCAAGUUUCCCUCACUGUAAACAGAGUGACUUCAAAUGACAGUGCAAUUUACAUCUGUGGAAUAGCAUUUCCCAGUGCAAAGGAACCCAGAGCUAAGCAAACCGGAGGUGGAACCACGCUGGUAGUAAGAGAAAUUGAGCUUCUCAGCAAGGAACUGCGGAGUCUCCUGACAGCUGUCCUGUCACUGCUCUCUAUCUACAUUACUGGUUUAUGUGUCGUCUUCAUAGUUCUCUCCAAACAGUCAAAAUCUAACACUCUAAGGAACAAAGAAACAAAAGAAGAUUCCCAAAAGAAGAAGAGUGCUCGGCGUAUUUUUCAGGAAAUUGCUCAAGAACUAUACCAUAAGAGAUAUGUGGAAACAAGUCAACAACCUGAGAAAGAAGACAACACUUAUGAAAACAGAAGAGCACUUUCCAACUAUGAAAGACCAUAGAAACAUUUUUAAUUUUCAAUUAAGUCACUGAAAACCCAACUCCAGAAGCUACGGAAGUGUUAAUGGACACUCAACAGGUCUUUUUUUUUUUAAUUCUUUAAAAUUUAAUAACUUUUACUACUUUCUUUUUAUUUUCUUGAAGACAUGUUGUGUCCCAUCAACAGGUCUUAAAAAAAAAAAAUCAAAGGUAACUGUCUGCAAAGAAGAUGCCAGAGUACGAAACAAUCACUAAUAGUAACCACCAAAAUACUAAAACCAAACAAAAAGCAACUGAAAAAUACUUUCCUAAUUUGCCAAGAAAAUUCUAAGCAGCCUAACAUUUUCGAAAACUUUUAUAAAAAGUUUAUUUCAGUCAACACAUGAGGUAUGUGAUGACUGCUACUCUGAAGAUUUGAAGUCAAACUCUACAUGCCUCAAUCUUGAGUGGAAGAAUCAUCUUUCUGGGUUGUGGAAAUGAUGGGACAAUUAGAAUAAGUUGGGAGGGAGCAAAGUGCCAAAAUAUGAGUCAGAGAAAUUCAUUUUGAAAAGUCCUUAGCAUGAAAAUUAUUUCUUCUGAUACUAUAAUGGGGCAAUGGUAUCGUGCACAUUUGCCUGCCAAGGUAUGCAAAAUAACUUACAUCAUGCUACCAGCAAAAACUGAAAAUAGAGAUUAGAGUAAGAAAAUAAAAGCCAAAAUAAAGAAAAUCCAAAGCAGGUUGAACAGAACAAAUAAGCCACAACUGACUCUAGAUGUCAGUGUUGUGCCAAAUAAACAGCACCAAGGCAGGCAUGUGCAGCAAGCAUUGACUUUAUGAGUAUAUUUGCAAUACUGAUUUUUAACUAAUUUAGGUUAAUAUCAGAUAGGGGGCUGGGUACAGAAAAGAUAUUUAUGGAAUUUGGUACCACACUUCACUAAGAAAACAUGAUAUGGAUUGCUCUUUGAAAACUACUUUCGUAUAAAAAAUCUAAAACUUCCACAAGAGUGUAUUCAUUAUUAAACAUAAAUUACAACCUAUUAUGUUUAUUUCAUUACAGUGUUUCUUUUAAACUGGUAUUAAAUGAGACAUAUUCUUUUUAAAACCUAGAUAGAAUUUUAAGGCUUAAGAUCCCUGAAGUAAUUUUGCAUUAAUGCACUUAAAUCAGUGAUAUCAAACCCUUCUGAUCACGUGUCCAGAAAAAUGCAAAGAAGAGAGGAAGGAGCAUGUAACCUCGUUCUAUUUGUACGUGCGUGUACACGUGUGUGCACAUGUAUGUUAUACACAUGUGUUGUGUGUAGUGUAUGUAUGUAUGCAUGGCUAUGUAUGUUUGUAUCUUAUAUAGAAAAACAGAAAUUAAACAAUGGCAUAAAUAGUAAUAUAAAUGCUAAUAUUUUCUUCCUAUAUUCAAAAAUAAAUUGUUUUGUGUACUCUCUGAGGUGUAUACCCCCACACUUUGAGACCACUGGCUCAGGUGAAAUAAAUGAACUUCUAAACCA